GGGCGUCGUUAGACUGGUAAUUGUUGGCCAAGUGCUCCUGACCUGACCCGCACUUGAUUUUGAACGAAACAACGAAGGCUUGUCGUAUGAGCCAUUUUAAAACUCGGAAAGAAUUAAUUCAUUUUUGCCGUUGCAGCAAUUAUGUCGAAUCGCCCUGAGUUAAAGGUUGACGACGAGCAAGGCUUCAUCAAGUUCUUCAAAUCCCUCCCCACCGAAGACAGCGAGACGAUCCGCAUCUUCAACCGCGGCGACUACUACACCGCCCACGGCGAAGAUGCCUCCUUCAUCGCCCGCACCGUCUACAAGACGACCUCCGUCCUCCGCCAGCUCGGCCGCAACGACCACACCGGCCUCCCCUCCGUCACCAUGACCGUCACCGUCUUCCGAAACUUCCUGCGCGAGGCGCUGUUUCGCCUCGGGAAGAGGAUAGAGGUCUGGGAGAGCACGGGUCGCAUGCAGUGGAAGGUCGGCAAGCAGGCGUCGCCGGGGAACCUCCAGGAUAUUGAGGAUGAGCUGGGGGGGCAGAUCGAUGCUGCGCCUAUCAUGCUGGCUGUUAAGGUGUCGGCCAAGGCUUCUGAGACGCGGAAUGUGGGUGUUUGCUUUGCUGAUGCCAGUGUGCGGGAGUUGGGUGUCAGCGAGUUUCUCGAUAACGACCUGUACUCGAAUCUUGAGUCGCUCCUCAUCCAGCUGGGUGUCAAGGAGUGUUUGAUUCAAGUCGAUAAGUCGAAUAAGGAUAUUGAGAUUUCGAAACUAAAGGCAAUUAUUGAUAGCUGUGGGAUUGCUGUCUCGGAACGCCCAAUUACGGAUUUCGGAACGAAAGAUAUCGAGCAAGACCUGGCACGCAUUCUGAGGGACGAGGCCGCAUCGGGGGCCUUACCACAAACGGAUCUGAAGCUCGCUAUGGGCUCUGCUGCGGCGUUAAUCAAAUACCUUGGUAUCUUACACGACCCGUCAAAUUUUGGCCAGUAUCAGCUCUAUCAACACGACCUAGCACAAUUCAUGAAGCUGGACUCCCCAGCCCUGAAAGCACUGAAUCUUAUGCCUGGCCCGAGAGAUGGCUCGAAGACAAUGAGUCUAUUUGGGCUACUGAACCACUGCAAAACUGCAGUUGGCACUAGGCUUCUGGCGCAGUGGCUAAAACAGCCGCUUAUGAGCAAGGAUGAGAUCGAGAAGAGACAAAUGCUGGUGGAAAGUUUUGUCGAGGAUACGGAACUACGACAGACGAUGCAGGAAGAACAUCUCCGUUCGAUACCCGACUUGUAUAGGCUAGCGAAGCGGUUCCAGAAGAAAAUGGCGAACCUGGAGGACGUUGUAAGAGCAUACCAAGUUGUUAUUAGGCUACCCGGCUUCAUCGGGACUUUGGAGGGAGUUAUGGACGACAAGUACAAGGAUAUCCUUGACGACGCAUAUACUGUUAAGAUCAGAGAGUAUUCGGAGAGCCUCUCCAGGUUACAGGAGAUGGUCGAAACGACGGUGGACUUAGAUGCCAUGGAUCGCCAUGAGUUCAUCAUCAAGCCAGAAUUCGACGACAGCCUUCGCAUCAUUCGAAAGAAUCUUGAUAAGCUGAAGUAUGAUAUGGAAAAAGAGUCUCAAAGUGUAUCAGAUGAUCUCGAUCAGGAACUCGACAAGAAGCUAUUUUUGGAAAACCACAGGACACACGGCUGGUGCCUGCGGUUGACAAGGACAGAGGCAGCUUGUAUCCGCAACAAAAAGCGGUACUUGGAAUGCUCGACGCAGAAGAACGGCGUCUACUUCACAACGAACGCGCUGCAGAGUAUGCGCCGGGAGCAUGAUCAGCUUUCAGAGAAUUAUAACCGCACUCAAAGUAGCUUGGUCAAUGAGGUUGUUAGCGUUGCUACAUCAUACUGUCCUGUUAUUGAGCUGUUGGCUGGCGUUCUCGCCCACUUAGAUGUGAUUGUCAGCUUCGCUCACGUUUCCGUACAUGCUCCUACGGCCUACACCAAGCCCAAGAUGCACGAACGGGGAACCGGCGAUACCAUACUUAAAGAGGCUCGCCAUCCAUGUAUGGAGAUGCAAGAUGACAUCCAGUUCAUAACAAACGAUGUCUCCCUGAUCCGCAAGAAAUCCGAAUUUUUGAUCAUCACCGGUCCCAAUAUGGGCGGUAAGUCGACCUAUAUUCGCCAGGUCGGCGUUAUCGCACUGAUGGCCCAAAUCGGCUGCUUUGUUCCCUGCACAACAGCAGAAUUGACCAUUUUCGACUGCAUUCUUGCCCGUGUCGGUGCUAGCGAUUCUCAGCUCAAGGGCGUGUCAACCUUCAUGGCCGAGAUGUUGGAGACUGCCAAUAUCCUAAAGUCUGCAACAUCCGAAUCACUCAUAAUAAUAGACGAGCUCGGCCGCGGAACAAGCACAUAUGAUGGAUUUGGCCUCGCUUGGGCUAUUUCAGAGCACAUCGUCAAGGAAAUAGCCGCCUUCAGCAUGUUUGCGACUCACUUCCACGAGUUAACGGCACUUGCAGACGAGUUUCCACAGGUCUCUAACCUUCACGUCGUUGCUCAUAUUGGUGACGGCCCGCAAUCGGAUGGCAAAGGUGACAAGAGAGAAGUAACCCUUCUUUACAAGGUAGAAGACGGAGUCUGCGACCAAAGUUUUGGUAUCCAUGUCGCGAAGCUCGUUCGAUUCCCGGAGAAGGUCGUGAAUAUGGCGAAGCGGAAGGCGGACGAAUUAGAAGACUUUACUGGCAAGCAUGAAAAUGACGCGGUGAAGGUUAAGAGGGAGGACGUGGAAGAUGGAAGUGUUAUGCUGAAAGGGCUUCUGAAGACUUGGAAGAGCCAGUGCGAGAGUGAAGGCCUGCAGGGAGAUGAUAUGGUGGCGAGGAUGAAGGAAUUGGUUAUGGCGGAUAAGAAGCUGCUCGACAGCCCAUUCUUCCAGAGUGUGAAGGCUCUAUGAGUAUGAGGGACAAGGUGUUUGGAGUUGUGAAAUAUAGCUGAGUGGGGGGAUAUAUCAUAUGAUCAUGCUGGUUUAAGGACAGCCAGACAACUUAAUCCAGUAACUUGACUCAUGCGAAUAGACAAAUAAUGAAAUUUGUUUUGGGACCGAUUGAUCCGAGAGGAGGGAACGAUUGAGAACAUUAUCGGUGAACAAUACCGGUUGCUCCUUCUAGUUGAGUAUGAAGACUUGCAAGUCGUGAGAACCAAACCAGGAAAAAGGCUAGUAAUAUUUUGAUUUGUUUUUCGAAUCGAUCUCCAUUCUACCUUCAAC